AUGGCGUCAUCCGUCAGUAGCAACGGUGGUAGCAAUAACGUCAUGAUCCGCAGCAAAGCCGAUUCGAUUGGAGUCGCCGGAGGAGGUCAGACGACAGCGAUGGAUGAACGCAAUACACAAACAGUCGUCGGAAGCAGCAAGGCGACAACGGCCAUGAUGGCCACGCUGGCGGCCGGUCCGGAAAGAGGAGCCGCAACGGCCGAUGAUUCGGCCAUUUCUUUCAGCGAAGAAGAAGAAGAAGAAGAGGAAGAAGAAGACGAUGAUGAAGAAGGUGAAAUGGACGACGAAGAUGACGACCAUCCGGAAUCUUCGUCCGCCACGGCCGCCUUCAACGCAGCCGCAGCGGCCGCCGCUUUCCAGCGUCAACUGUUGGCCAAUUUCCCGCUGUUUCAUCACGCGACCGACGGAUCGAGUAAACUGGAUAGCGAUCCAUCAAACCCGUCGGCAGCCAUGGAAGCCACAGCGUCGGCCAGCGAGAACAACAGCCUCAAUCCGUUCGAGUCGUACAUGGCGGCGGCUGCAGCGGCCGCCGCUGCGGCCAACGCCGAGGCGCUCUUCCGGCACCAGCGACAGUUGCACAACAGUAGCGCCAGGCUCAGCGAGAAACGGACGGCUCACGACAGCGGCACGGACGAUAACGACGUGUCCAUCGGCGGCAAAGGGGCCGAUGGCUGCGGAAGCGGCCAAAGCGCGGCCGGAAUUCACCAGCAGCUGCCCAGCAACAAGCGCCGCAAGCAAUCGAAACCUGUGCGCAUCAGCAGCGACGAAACGCAAGGCCCCAACGACGACAAUGCGGCCAUGACGGCCUUCCUGGCCGCCCAGACGGCCGCCGCUGCGGCCGCUCUCUUUCAUCAGAACAACCGGAACGCGUCCAGCGAAGAAGACGACGAGGAGGAAGAAGAAGAGGGCGCUCUCUUGCGUCCGAAUUCGAGGGCGGCAUCCAGCGCGAAACGCAUCAACGGCCAAUAUCAGCAAGACAUGAUGGACUGGGCCCGAUCGGCUCAUUCCAUGGUGGCCGGCAGCAACGAGGGCGAACAAGAGGAAGGUCAAAUUAUCCGCAAUUCUUCUGGUUUCGCAUUGGCACCCAUGUUCGACCAGCAACUGGCCAAUCGUCUACUCGUGGCCGGCAAUUCCUCUUCGGCCGCCCGCAAUUUCGCCGAGUUUUUGGCUUCCAGCGGCGGUGGCGGCGCCAACGGCAAAGGAUUUGCCAUUCCUCCGGCCGCUUACGGCGCCAACUGGAAUCAACAACAGCAGCAACAGCAGAUGAUGAUGAACAUCAUGUCGUCGAUGAACCGAAACGGCCUGAUGGGAGUGCUGGACGACGGGGAGCUGAGCCGCAGCAGCAGCCAUUGUUCCGGAUCGCCGACCGGCGGAUUAGCGGCGGGCGGAAACCACUCGACGUGCGAUGCGAAACGCAACGACGAGAACGGCGAACGAUCCAGUUCCGAUUCGCCCUUCGCCUUCCGCAACAUGUUCAAGUACGGAUCGACAUCCGGCGGAUUCUUCCCGUCCGCAGGAGGACCUCCAUCCAUCUCGUCGGCACACAACCCGUUCCUCUUUCCAUUCCUGUCUUCGUCGUCGGCCGGUAAUUCGCCGCUGGCCAAUCAGUCCAUGGGCAGGGGAGGGCUGGUGGGCUCUCCGGGUGGCAUGGGCGGAAGCAUCCGCAUCUUCAAUCCCGACGCCUACUGCGAACUCUGCAACAAAGAGUUUUGCAACAAAUACUUCCUCAAGACGCACAAGGCCAACAAGCACGGCAUCUUCGUCGAUAACGUCCCGACGACCAGCGGCGGCGGUGGCACUCCAUCCGUCACGCCGGACGGUCGAAUUUCCUGCCCGACUUCAAUUUCGACGCCGUCCAGCGCCGCCGCCGGCAUCGUCCACCAGUCUCUUCCGUUUUCCGUGUCGAGCACAUUCGGCCCGCCGUCCUUGUCAUUGACUGUUGGCGCCAUGACGUACCCGAUGCAUCCGCCGUCGGCCGAAUUGGCCGCCAUCGAUCCGGCGGCCGUCAGCUAUUCGCCCGUCGCCACAACUUCGCCGUCGAAAUCGUCGAUUUAUCCGAGCGUCGGAAUGUCGACGACGGCGGCGGCCACACUGUCGACGACGGCCACAACGACCAUCCCAUCGUUGGCGCCCAUGACGACGCCGACAAGCGCAACGAGCGGCGCCGGAUUGAUGGACUUUUUCCCGAUGUGGCCGUCGCAAACAACGACGCCUCCCGUCUCCACCGUCAACAACACGAUGGCGUCGAUGAUGCCUUCGUCAUCGACGGCCAAACAACAGCCGCCCCACCUGGCCGGAAUCGUCAAUCCGGAAGCGUAUUGCGAGCUGUGCCAGAAAGAGUUUUGCAACAAGUACUUCCUGAAACGACACAAAGCCAAAAUGCACGGCAUCGUUCCGCCCGAUGGACCGACGGCGCCUUCCGGAAAUUCGGCUCCAUCGUCCGGCGGAGGAUCUUCGUCUCACAAGAGAAGCAGAUCCCAUUCGUCGAAAACGGCCCCAUCGGCCGCUGUUGAUCUCGUCAAAAUCCCGCCGACUGCGGCCGUCGCGUCUCCCGCCACAAGUUUGAAUCUCUCGACGGCCGCAAGUGAAGCGAUUGCCGAACAUCAUCAUCCAUCGUCGGUACCGGCCGACGCGCAAGAGACAACCGCCACGACGCCAACGACGCCCUUCAAUCUGUUGGUGCAGGGCGGCGCCAACGAGAGCGCAGGUGUUCCCCCGGCCAAAUUGGACUUGAACACCAGCGGCGGCCACAGCCUCUCGCUGCUGAAAAUUCCGACGCCGUCGCUUUCCGCCAUGUUUUCAUCGCCACCGAUGGAUUCUCCUCAUCCGACGCGCCUGACCCAUUCCAAAACGCCCUGUUCGUCGUCGUCGUCUUCCGCGGGUGGAGCGGCUCUCCAGUCGGCGCCGCAGCAAUUGUUUUCGCCCGAGCGCCUCCGCCAAAUGGGCGUCAUCAACACGGAAGCGUUUUGCGAAAUUUGCUGCAAAGAAUUUUGCAACAAAUACUUUCUGCGGACGCACAAAUUCAAGAAGCACGGAAUCGGAUCCAUGCCCGAACAGCCGCAACAGCAGCCAUCCCAGCCGCAGUGCAAUCCAUCCGCCUCGGAGUCUUCCUCUUCGACGGGGAUGGUGCGCCAACAUCACUACAACAACAACAACAACAACAACAACAAUAAAAGAGGCGGUCAGAGUCCAACUGGAUCGGCCAAAGCAGCGAGCGCAACGGAAAUCAACGCCGAGCAGAAAAUGCCGUUGAAUUUGGUAUCCACUCCGCCCGUGGCGGCAACAACAACAACAACAACAACAACAAACGGAAAUCAAGCGAAUCAGAAUGCGGCCACGGACGGUGGAAUGCCACUGUCGUGCGACCUGUGCCAGCGGCCAUUUCAAUCGGCUUACCUGUUGCACAUGCAUCGCACCUAUUUCCACAAUCAGCCACCUCCGGCGGAUGAAUCGAUCCACGAGAACGACGCGUCAGCCACCGGAAUGGACGAAGACACUCCGUCGGACAACGAGCGGGAGGAGCAGGAAGAACAUUUCAACGCCUCCUCACCGCGGCCGGCAUCGGUGGUCGUCAAAUCAGAGCCGGAAGGCCGGAAUGCGGAUGAAGAUGGGCCCGUUUCGACUGGCGGCGAAGCCAACAAUGCUUCCGGCGGAAUCACCAUCAGCGCUGACUUGCAGAAACUCCAAUCGAUGAUCAUGGAAUUGAACGGAUCUCCAUCGGCGGCUGCGGCCGCGGCCAACGAAGGCGAUCGAAGGCGUUGCUGGAUGGACGGACCCGUGAAAAGCGCCAGCGGUAACCCAAUCCAGCCGAGCUCCGGUGGCAACAACGAGCCGUCCAAUCCUUACAUAAGCGGCAGCGGUGGCGGAAUCGUCAAGAUCGUCAAUCCGGCGUCCAGCGAUCCAUCCGAUCUGGCCAAUUUGGCCUCGUCGUCGUCAUCCAGCAUUUGCCACCUGUGCGGAAACAAAGAUUUCUUAACUCCAUCCUUCCUGCAGAUUCACAUGCAAAAUUACCACGGCAUCAACGUCACCGGAGUGGAUCCAUCGGCGGCCGCCAUGGAAGCGGCCGUGGCUGCGGCCGCGUCUCAAUUGGGUUUAGAUCGUCUGCUGGAUUUCGGCGCCCCGGCCGCACCUUCGUCCGCAUCCGGACACCAUCACCAUCACCACCACCACCACGGAGGCAAACGCUCGGGCGGAGGUCGUUCAUCCUCAUCGGCAUCGCCGGCGGCCACGCGCAGCUAUUGCCAAAUUUGCAACAAGGAACUAUGCAACAAGUACUUCAUGAAGACGCACAUGCUGAAGAUGCACGGCAUCCACCUGGAGGCCAGCGGCGGCGGAUCUCAGAUCGGUGGAGUCCAGUGCGACAUUUGCCACAAGGAAUUGUGUUCCAAAUAUUUCCUGAAAGUGCACAAGCAAAACACUCACGGCAUCGUCUUCCCCGAUCACGAAAUGAUGUUACCCAACGGCCUGAGCGGCGCCAUGUUGAAGGAGCAACAGCAUCCGGCCGUCAUGGAUCUCUCCUUCCAUCAGCAACAGCAACAACACGUUGCGGACGGAUCGAAUAGUCCAGCCAAAACAUCCACCGAAUGCUGCCCUCUGUGUCCAAAGAGAUUCAAGAGCACCAAGGCUCUCAAAGCGCAUCUGAGUCACGAUCAUUCCGGCUCUUCCGGCACGUCCUCGGCAGCAGCGGCCUGCUGUUACAUUUGCAAUCAGCAAUUCGCCGACGUCGUGGCCCUGCAAGUCCACCUGAUCAAGAACCACGCGUCGCAUUUGAUGGAUCAUCACCAGACUCCGCCUCCUCCGCAAGUUGCACCCGCGUCCGUGGCGGCCGCUGCGUCCGGCAACAGCGAGCAGACCAGUCAUCAGGGCUGUUUGGUAUCGUCGCCUUCACCAAAGUCGACUUCGCCAUCGUCGUUGCAGCGCUCGAAUUAUUGCGAUUUCAGCGCCGGAUCGCUGCCGGGCUACUUGUUUUCGAACGAACGGCCUCACGGUGGGCAGGCGGACGCGUGUCCUCCAAUGCCGGGUCUCGUUCCAGCGUCCAGCACGGCCCAUUCUCGGCCAUCCAGCGCUGUGGGGGGCAGACGGUCGCCCCAAACUGCCAACCAGCAAAAGAUUCAGUGCCCGUUGUGCGGCCAUCAACUGCCGCUGGAACAAUUCCAGACUCACCUGAUGGCGCAUCAGUUCCCCCUCAACUUCCUGCACACCCUGAUGCCACCGUCGUCUUCGGCUGGACCCGCCUCGCAGGCCGACGAAGAGCACGACGAUGUGGCCGUCGUCAAUCAACAGCAAAGGCACGCGAAACGAAGGGCAACUGGACGUCGUCGACGUCGUUACCGAUGUUCCGUCUGCAGCCGCAAAUUCGCCACGCGUCAGCUCUGCCUCACUCACAUCCUGCAACGCCAUCCGCCGUCGAUGCGGAGCCACAACAGCUCGACCAGCAAGGGAUUCUUGCUGUCGUCGCCGACGACGUCGCCCGUCUCUUGCCAGACGGUCCAGUCUCAGCAGCGGCCGUUGACGUGUCCUCGAUGCGGCUACGCAACCAGACAGCCGCAAUUGCUGCGUCUGCAUCUGCGGACGCAGCAAUGCAUUCCGGUGGUGGCCCGCAAUCCAGACCUGCAGCAACUGCCCCCCUAUUUGGCUGUGCCAACGUCGACGGCCAGCAACGCUGUGGGCCAUCCGUCGCGACUAGCGGCCAUCGUCAACAACAAACAGGGACUGGGUCUGCAGACGGUGCGGGGCCAGCACGCCCACCGUCAAGAUUUCGUCCUGCAGGCGUUCCUGUUGACCCAACCGGAUGCGGAUAAAUCUGCCAAGAGCCGACGGUCCGGCGAAGGCAAUCACGAACCAGCCAACGGCCAUUACGAUCCCGAUGAACAAGUGAGCGAUCCGUUGGCCAACAGCAGCAAAUCGAACGGCAAUCGUUUGAGCCGAGAAACGGCCGAUGGCAAACGGCCGUCAGACGAGCAACAGGACGGGCCAGCGACGGCCAACAACCAAGGCGACAACGGCCAAGAAGACGAGCAGGAAGAAGGUCAGAAUCAGAGUUGUAAUUUCAUCCCGUCGUUGAUUCUGUUGCCCGUCAACCGGCGCAUUGCCAAUCCGCUUUCGUUGACCUUUAGUCUCACACCUGCUUAAAGAUACGGCGGAAGAAAGGGAGGGGAAAAAGAAAAAACAAGUCGUUAUUAUUUUUGGAUUCAUAUCUCCCUUUUCUUUUUUUGAAGGAGAUUUCAGUUCUCUUGAAAGACGUUUCUAGUCCCGUCUAAUUGUUUUUUUUUUUUUCUUUUGGGUGUUGGAUUUAUUUGUCCCUUUCGUAAACAUCCGGCGGUAAAAUAGCUCUUUUGAUUAUUAUAAUUUUUUUUUUUCAAAAUCAUUUAAGAAAAAGUCAUUUCUUUCUUUUAAAAAAAUAUUUUUUUUUUUUUUUAUUUUGGAUUUAAUAAUUAAAAAAAAAAAAAAGAGUCUAGUCAACCGCUGGAUAAGGACACCACACGUGAGGAAAUGAUUUCUCCAUACAACACAAAACACAGGGUCUUUUAAACAAAAACAAAAAAAAUCGUUGUUAUAAUAACAAAAUAGCAAAAAACAAAAAACAAAAAAAUGGCGGGAAAUAUGAUGGAAAGUUGAAUUUUGAAUUCAAAAAAAAAGAUGAUGAUGUCUUGGCAUUUUUUUUUCUUUAACUGCCACUGCAACAACUGCAAACUAUAAUCAAAUACCGGGGCCUCGCUUAUGUCUCUCUCUCUUUUACAUCUUAAACAUAUAAAGAAAUUUUUCCCCUUUUUUUUUUUUAAAUCUCUCGAAUUCGUCAAAAUGUGUACGUCUUUAAUGAUUUAUUUCAAGUCUGAAUGAGUAAAAUAACCGAGAAAAAAAAAAGAAGAAUGAACUUCAAUUUUUCCAAGAUUGAACGUGUCAAAUUGGAUUGUGUAUGUCUUUUUUAUUUUUAUUAUUUUGAAUGUUUCGUUUGGUGUGUGUGUGUGUGGAUUAGUUGUCGGUAUUACAAUAUUUUAAAAUAAAAAAAACGUUCGCGUGACGAGAGGCGAAUGACGUCCCAAUAAAAAACUAUCGCUGAUGGAUGUCGCGCACACACCCCUCCCACCCCACCCCCACUAUUGCUGUCGUCUUCCUGUGUCGUGUUUUGUUUUUGCUGUUGGUAACUUGUAAAGAACAAUUCGGGAAAUAGCACAGAAAACGCGGACGUGUAAAAAAAAAAAUGAAACGUUUUAAAGUCCAAACUGACGGGAAAACGACGACGACGCCAAACAUUCAGGGAUCAUUUUUGAAUCAUUUUGUCUUCAUACGUGAAUGACCGCAUUUGAAAAAAAAAAAAAACCAAUUAUGAUUUCUUUCUUUUGUUUUUUAUUUCGUCCCUCAAUUUGUUUGAUUUUGCUUUUAAUUUUUACGUGUAAAAUAACAUUCCAGAAAUUAAAAAUUCAGACAUUCCAUACAAAUGUAGCGCAUUCCAAUUUAUAUCCAUAUCCUAGUCGAAUUUCGAUUUUUUUUUUUUUAGUUAAUUUGAAUUCUCACCAACCGCUUUUGUUUCUAUUAUUUUGAAGAAUGAAAAGAAAAAACUAAUUGUCUCUUUUGUUGCUCGUUCACGUCCUGUGUGUUAUAGAUUUUUUUUUUCUUUUCUUAGUUCCUCGUCUUAGUGUGUUAUGUCCGUGUGUGUGUAUGGCAAUUAAUAUAAUUGAUUUAGACCUGGUUUGCUUCGUUUUCUUUUUGUUUUUUCACCCCACAUUUUUAUUAUUUAAAAUAUUUUUAUUUUAUUAAAGGCUUGAUUUUAUCCCAUAUUCUUUUUUUUUUUAAAUCCACCGGAAGACAAAAAGGACGUCCAUCACAGCGCCGCUUUCUGUUGUUUCAACGAAUAUCAGAACAAACGAAAAAGACGUCGGUUUUUUUUUCGCUUUCGAUCGUUAGAGACAAGAGAACAAACGAACGUGAGACACAUCAAAAAAAAAGGGGGAGGAAAGAUUGACCUGCGGUUCAAAUGGCCCUCCCUUGUUUGCCCAGCAAAAAGCGGGACAGUCGAUUGUCAUCCAUUUUUUUUUUUGAAGGGUUCGUCCGGUAAGAUGGACAUCAAAGAGGACAGAGUACACUAAGAAACAUCUUGUCCUAGUCUUUUUCCUUUUUUUUUUUUUUGUUAAACCAAAUAUUAUUUUAUAGUUAUCUUUACAGUCCAGGGUAAUCCCUUUUAAAGCCCACAGAAGAGGAGAUGUAAAAAUUAUUAAUUUAACAUUCGCUUUUCUUUUAAUGUUGAAAUGUGAGUUGUAACCAAUCGAAAGAAUGGAGAUGGUACUACAAUAAGUCAGGCUCCACCCAUUCUGUUAGUCCCGCACUCUGGCGUCCCGAACGUCCGAAUCAAUAAUAGCUUCUUUCUCUCCCCUCUCUCUUGUUUUUCAACUCCCCCCAACCCUAACAGAGAGAGAGAAGGAGAAAUAGAAAGAACUCGAAAAAGUGGAUGAAAGUGAAAAUAGAAGAGAGACAAAAAUACAAAGAGGAUGGGGGGGGGACUUUGACGCGCCCUCCCAACUUGAUUCGAUUCCCUUUGAUUAAAGACUUCUCCGCCAUCAGUUUGCCUCCCCCCCCCCUUGUUUUUAUCUCCAUCCAUCUCUUUCUGUCUUAUAUUACGUAUUGCACACAGUUACACACGUACAUUCUGAGAAGAUAUAAAUACCCAAGUUUUUCACGACCAACUAAACAAAAGAAGCUGAAGCAGCGCAUACACAAUGCGUCACAUGUAAAAAAAUAAAUACAAACAAAAAAACUGGCCGACUAAGCGAAAACAAAAGAGCCAAUCCAAAAGAGCAACAGAAAAAAAAUGGAGGGGGGGUAGUCAUAAAAGUUGCCACAUCAAAACCUUCUUGAUGUGUAUUUAAGAAAACUAAAAAUAAAAACGAGCGGCAACAUUCAGAUUUGCGAGAAAAGAAAGAAAUAAAAAAAAAUAAGCGACAUCCCGAAAAAAAAAAAUGAAAUCGGGAGGAAAUACGAGGGGGCGGGGGGUUCUAAAUGACCGCAACAGCAGCUACAAGAAAGAAAGAAACGACUAUACAUCAAAAGAGAAAAGUCUACAAUUAAUAAUUUUUUUCCUUUUUCGUAUUAUUUUGUUUGUUUGUUUACGGGACCGGCAAACGUUUGCUGAUACGGCCGAUUCUGAAUUGCAGACUGUAAAACAAGCUAAACUUGUUUUUAUUUAUAGAUGUGCGCUGUGUGUGUAACGACAGAAAGAGACCCCUCGUGUACUGCCGAAGAAGUAAAAAAAAAAACCUUUUAGGGCGUUAGAAGGGCGUGGGUAGCUGACCACCUGCUGCCCCCAGUGAGCAAAAGUGUCGGUUAAAUGGGGAACUCUUUCGAGCGUUCUCAUCACGAGCUGUUUAUUUUUUCUCGAUAUCGAUUGACUUUGUUCAAUAGCAACAAAUUCAAUUUUCCCGCCACACUUUUAAUUAUUUUAUCCCACAGUUUUCACCUGUCCCGAAAUGUCCUAUUCAUUAAAAUUCAAUUGGACUUUUAUUGCCUUUUAAUAAUUCACCCACGUACUUGUUUACAUCAACUCCCUCCUCCAAAAGCACCGGAAAUUUCAAAAAAAAAAAAGAGGCAAACGUCAUGAUGGUAGUGAGGAUGAUUGUUGUUCAACCCUCAGUUCUUUCUUCCUACGCCAGUGGAACGCAAUAAGAGAGGGGGGGAAAGGUGGGGGGGGGGACGAGUCGUGAUGAGAAAGAGGGUUGACUGCGACGGCGCAAAUAUGAUAUAAGGGUCGAUUGAUAUUUACCAAUUGCUCAGCGUCAAAACAAGACUCCCCUACCAUUUUUUUUGGGUCUGAUAUUAACAGCAGUAAAUGUCUAGUCAAUCAUUUGUUGUUGUUGUUUUUUUAUUUAAUUUAAAACGAUAUGGGCUUAUCUCAUCGCUGGGAUAGCACGAUGUAAUACGAUCGUGAGAACAGGCAGACGACGCCUACCGACGUCUCUUUUUCCUUCAUCAUUCCCGCACCCACCCCUCCCUUUUUAUGAUUUCAAUUUUUACGCUUUUUAUAAAAUUUAAUUCGGGAAAAAUUUUUAAAUCGCAUGAUUUUAAUGUCAAUCAGCACGGGAAUGGUUUCUUAAGAAAAUGGCGUCGUCGGCGUCCGCGAGCAAUAUCAUUUUCAAAACACGAGACACGAACUUUGCGGCUAUUUUUCCCGAUUUAGUCGACGUUAUGAAAUGCAUAGAAUUUACCUUUUAGGAAAUAGCUAAUUUUUUUAAGCGAAAACAAAAAACCAAAUGUGCUGUGGGACGUUUGAAAUCACAGCACAGGCGGCAAAACUACACGAAAAUCAAAAUGGUCGAGUCCUUAAACAGUUUUUUUUUUAAAGAAAUGUUUUACUGCUUGAAUAAUUAUCCCUUUAAUACGUGUGUUGGAAUUGUGAAUGUGCGUGAAACUUGUGUCGUCGUCAUAAUAAUCAGACGUGAAAAUAAUAAUUCGGGUGGACGUUUUUCCCCCUGAAAAAAACAAAAACAGAAUUGAUUGUAUACAUUUAAAACAUGUGCGCGACCUAAACGUGAAUAAUAGGCGAGAAAUUAUUUUAAAAAACUCGUCUCUUGACAGAAAAAUCAAAAUUGAUCGUGGCUUUCUUAUCAAACGUUGUUCCCUCGUGUUUUCGUGUUUCAUUUCCAAUAUUGUGUGACCCAUGCAAAUUGUCGUCCCCCACUUUUAAAUCGUAUUAAAAUUGGACUGUGCUAUUUAUAUCACGUGACGCAAAAGUAUCAAUAAUGAGCAGAGAAAACAAAAAGAACAAAAAAAAAAUAAUGUUUUUGAAAAAACCUGAAAGAUGUGGGACUUUAAAUGUCGUCAUUCGUCGUACUCUGUUUUGUUUUGAUCCAUCCCCAAAAUAUCGAGAAUUUUCUUUAUAAAUUUAAUCGAUGUGAAAUUUUUAAAGAGAAAAUCCCCCAACUUUUUUGUUUAAAAUCUGCAAAUUGAAAAUCUGAAAGUUCCUAUGAUGCCAACAAAAGAAACACAAGUUCCUACGGACGAGGUUUAAAACAAAAGAGCAACGGUCAAGUUCCUACGAUGAUUCUUCAAAAUGUCAACAUGUCGUUCAUCUAUCCCUUUUCUUUCUACGUCUUGUCCCGCAUUUCAAAUCGUGAAUCCCUGUGUGUGUGUGUGUGUGGUGACCAUUUCGUGAGUGUGUAAAUGAACGCCCUGAUGAGGGAGGAAAAAAAAUUCUUCCUCUCACUACCUUCACUCAGCCCCCCCCGACGAAAUUCAAAACAAAAGGUAAAAUAAAAUCCCCCGCCGUCGUUUAUGAUUUGUGAAUUAUUUCCGUUUGAAAUUCAAUUUUUGUUCUCGUUUGAAAUCUCAUUUUGAAUUUUCCCUUAAUAUUCAUCAAUACAUGGUAUCAUGGUUUCGUGUAA